ACAACAGAAGCAACAGUAUACAAACCAACUUGCCAAAGAGACUGACAAAUACAUUAAAGAGUUUGGAUCUCUGCCUUCAGUAAAUGAACAGCGUCAAAGAAAAAUACAGAAAGACCGACUUGUGAAUGAGUUUACUACAGCACUUACCAACUUCCAACGGGUCCAAAGGCAAGCUGCUGAGAGAGAGAGGGAAUUUGUAGCAAGAGUACGAGCGAGCUCCAGGGUAUCGGGGGGUGCCGCUGAGGAAAGUUACAGAGAAGGAACACUAGUAUCUUGGGAGAGCCAAACUCAAAGUCAAGUACUAGAUGAAGAAAUCACAGAAGAUGAUCUUCGUCUUAUUGAGGAGAGAGAAACUACCAUCAGGCAACUUGAGGCAGAUAUUAUGGAUAUUAACGAAAUAUUUAAAGAUCUGGGGAUGAUGAUUCAUGAACAAGGAGACAUAAUAGAUAGCAUUGAGGCCAAUGUAGAAACAACUGAAGUCCAUGUCCAGCAAGCAAAUCAACAGUUGUCUAGAGCAGCAGACUACCAGCGCAAGUCCCGUAAGAAAAUGUGUAUUCUUAUUCUUGUACUCGCCAUAGGAGGAACCGUCCUUGGCCUAAUCAUAUGGGGAGCAACAAAAUCAAGUUAAGCAGGAGAAUUUCCACAGUCAUGUCUCGUUAUGAAGCUGUUCAGUAAAUGAUGGAUCCAUCUUUAUCACUUCUGCUUUUCUACAGAAUGCAUUUUUUUAAAUCUAGCAGUGCUUCCCUUUUCCCUUCAGUUUGCACAGUACAAUUCACUAAAUUUAUUGCACCAUUGAAUACAGCGGUGAACCUUGCCAGUAUUUAACCUGGGUGGGAGGAGGCUACUUCUUGUCCAUGCCUGCCAAUCCGCCGUCUUUUCCUUUUGCCUCCAGGCCAAAUUGCGAUGGUUAUGUGAUACCCAGGUGGUAUGGUGCAGUAAUGAACUGUUGCUCAAGUGAGGCGAACUCGUAGACACAGAUGUGUGGAGUCUUGUACACUCUGAGGGCUGCAAGCAAGGUUGUUCAGUUGUGCCUUUUGAAGGCCUCACAGAGGAGCUUAAAAAGCAAUGUGAAGGGUAUAAAUUGUAGUUUAUCCAGUCAAUUCCUAACCCAUGGGUCAACUUGAUUUCUUGUAACAAAUCAUGAAUUACUCUGUAUGUAUAUGUAGCCUGUAACUUUUAAUAUCUUACCUAUUUUAAGCAGUCGUGUAUGCUGCCCCAAUAACCUCUUUCAUACACAAGCAGACAGGUCUCUCCACUCCUCUUUGUGUGUAGAGUUCAAAUCUAAUAGGUUGCUGGCAGCUAUAUUCUCUAUCCAAUAUUUCUGAAACUUUUGGAUUAAUUCAGCUGUUUUUGUUUUGCUUAAGAAUACUCUUUUUCAUAUUUUGAUAUAAACCAGGUUCUGGGUAUUUGGCAAACUUGACAAAGUCUAAUCUGAUACAAGGGGCUUGAUUGAUGUGCUUACCUUUAAGACUUUGGGACACAUUUAAAGUUAGCAAAUAUUUGUAUACUUAAUUUAUGCAUCCGUCAGAUGUUUGAAGUCUAUGGGCAAGACUAAUACAUGUGAAAUGGCUAAUAACAAAUUUGACUUUACGGGACUCUUUGAUUUGAGCUGCCAAGUAAUACACAUAUCUAACUGUUUUAAGUAAUUUUCUCAGAUCUUUGUACAUGGUGGCGGUUGACAAACAUCUUAAACUUAAUUCUGAUUGAAUUUCAGAAAGCUCUAACCUAUACAAAUAAUAAAACCUGUGGGAAGUUGGGUUUAUUUAUUUAAGCAAUUAAUUCUUUUUUCUCUUGAUGUAUAAGUACAAAGUUCUGAGCAACUUUUGGGAAGUUCUGUCUUCCAAACAAUUACAUUCAGUUUAACUAUCUCAAAUCAUGGAGGUUUUAAGAACUGGGCUUUGUGCCAUUUUGUAGUAACACAUGUUGGAAAAGUAAUACAAAGUUAUUUGCCAGCUAAUCUGUUUUGCCUUUUUUUAAAAAAAGAAAUGUUAAUGAACUAAUAUUUACUGUAUAAAUAUUAUGUCGUAUGAAUUUUGUACAGCAGUUUGAUAGAGGAGCAGCAUUUACAUGAUAAGCUCUGAGACUUGUGAUUUGGGAAGGACUAAAAAUCUAUGGACUAAUUUGGAUCACAUAGUCUAAAUAAAGAUAU